AUGGCAUCGCCGCUAUCCAGAGAUACAUCUAACAGUGUUGAUGAAAUACAUCUGAGAAAACUUGAUAGAAAUUCCACCGAUAAGUUUACAAAGGAUAUUUUUCGUCAACAAGACAACUAUACCUCAUUCGUGUCAAACUUAGAAAAUGCUGUUCAAUUCAAUGGUUACAAUUUAUUUCUAAAAUAUAAACCCAAAUUUCAAUUAAGAAAUAAACUUCUAUUAUAUGAUGCUGUUACUGGAUCUCGACAUAAUUAUCAACCGUCCAAAGAUGGUAAAAUUUUAAUGACACGCUGGCUUGAAUUUCAACUACCAGAAAUGUAUGAGAAGAAUACUAAAACACAACAUCGAUAUGAAUCAAAUGUAUUUCAAUAUGAAUCAGAAAAGAAUACAAAUGACAAUGAAAUUGAUGUUGAAUGGUAUUUAAAUUUUGCCCAUAACGAUUUGUUUUUAUAUUAUGGAUCUUCGCUAUUGGCACAAGAUGAAUUGCAAGUAUUGGAAUGUCUUCAAUUAGCAUCAAUACGAGAAUUUUUAGUAGCUGAUCCAAGUCACUUUAGUUCAUAUACCAUUGAAAAUGGACAACCAAGGCCAAUAUUAAUUAGUAAUGUUGAACGUGUUAUUAAUUUAGAUACAGAAAAUAUUUAUGGAAAUCGAUUUGCACACGCUCCACAGGAUGUACUAUUCAAGUCAUAUAAAUAUCUUAAACCACCAUUAAUAACAAAUAUCAUUGCUAUAGAAGCUCCAAGUGGUGGUCAAGGACACUACGAUUUAUCGACAAUUAGAUAUGUUAUAUCAGAAUGUUAUACAGCUUUUAAAGCAGCCAAAUUGUUAGCAAUAAAAACGUACGAACUUAAUUCAAAGGAAUCAUUUGAUGAAACAAAAACGGUGAAAACAAUUAUACAUACAGGUUGGUUCGGUUGCGGAGCUUACGGUGGAAACCAUUCGUUAAUGUUGAUUUUACAAUUAAUUGGUGCACAAUUAGCUGAUGUUGAUAAAAUAGUAUUUCAUACUGUUUCUCGUGGUUUUGAUAAUGAAAUAGCUAAAGCUGACGAGUAUAUGACCAAAUUAUUUGAAGGAAAUGAUAAAGACAAAAUGACUGUGGACGAUUUAAUAAAUAAAAUAUUUAAAGAAAAAUUUGAAUGGGGUGAAUCAAAUGGUACAUAA